AUGCGCAACAAGCACGGACACACUUGUCGACGUCUUCGAAAACGCAUAGCUCAAAAGAGCUUGAUGUUAUUAGCUUCGAGACGGCUGAUCUACGGAUUGACGAUGCCUAAACAGAAGCUGAGAGUGAUCGCCUGA